UGGCUUUGGCCUCGGAGGCUGAGGGGCGGAUAUAUUGCCAGCUCUGUCACAUAGGCUGGACCAGUAGAACUUCAACCAUGAAGGCCCCACUGGUCUGCUUCCUGCUCCUGGCGGUUUCUUUUGCUACGGCAACUGAAUGGGAUACUGAUGGCAUUAUUCUCCAAGCAAAGGGACAAGUGGAGCAGCAGAACCCAGAACCACCAACAGAUGACACCUCUGGGAGGAAGCAACAGGGGGGAACUGGUCCUCCCUCAUAUGGCCAGUGCCCACCUACAAUUACAAUUGUUCCCCAGGACUACUACUGCCAGCUGGGCGGCCCCUGCCCAGGGGAUGAAAAAUGCUGCCAGAUUGGGAGAAUGACGAAAUGUAUUCUUCCAAAAGGAGUGCACCACCGUUACUGCCCCAGGCCUGAAGACCAGCCCGUCUACAAUAAGCUCUGUGCAGGAGACUACCAGUGUGGAUGGCAUGAGAAAUGCUGCAGUACGGAAGGUCAUAAGAAGUGCGUUGUGGCUAUGGCAGGUGUCGCUGGCGUUUGCCCCAAGAAGCGUCUUCCACGGGGCCCCACCCCCAUGGAACACAGGUGCCUCAAUGACCGCGAAUGCGACUCUGGGAAGAAGUGUUGCUUGGAGGAGCAUGGCCUGAACUGUGUAUACCCUGAAGGACUCCACCGGAGCCAGAACCAGAACCAGAACCAUAACCACAACCACAACCAGAACCACAACCAGAACCAGGACCAGAACCAGAACCAGGAUCAGACAGUGGCCGAGGUGUUCAAGAAUCAUGCUGGAACAAACACACACACAGAUACACCCACCCACCCACCAAGGGGUGUUAGGAGUGUCUUACCUCCAUAAUAUUUUGUUCCAGAG